AUGGAUGUUGAUGGUUAUAUAGAGUUGGCGGGAAGAUGUGUUCAUAGUAAAGGCCACAGUGGUGGUAGUAAAGAUGAAAGGAUAGCAAUUAUGGUGAUAAUGAUGGUGCUAUUGGUGGUCACUGGUGGUAGUGGAAGUAAAGUGGCAGUAGUGGUGAGAUGUGUUCAUAGUAAAGGCCGCAGUGGUGGUAGUAAAGAUGAAAGGAUAGCAAUUAUGGUGAUAAUGAUGGUGCUGUUGGUGGUCACUGGUGGUAGUGGAAGUAAAGUGGCAGUAGUGGUGAUGGACAAAAAUCAAAAUGGAUGGUUUGAGGAAGAACCUGAGAUGUUAGAUGAGCCUAUUGACUGGGAAGAGGAUCCAAAGGAGGAUCCAGAGGAGGACCCAAAGGAAGAGCCAGAAGAGAACUUGGAAUUAGAGGAAGAACUUGAGAUGUUAGAUGAGCCUAGUGACUGGGAAGAGGAUCCAGAGAAGGACCUAGAAGAAGAGCCAGAAGAGAACUUGGAAGAAGAGUUAGAACUUGAGAUGCAGGAGAUGAUCCAAGAAUUUCUCCAACUGAAACAAAGAGGCAUGACUGUGACACAGUAUGCCAAUCGAUUUGAGGCCCUUUCUCGCCAUACCACAGCUAUAGUGGCAAAUGAAAUAGAUAAGGUAAGGCGCUUCGAGUGGGGACUCGACUCGGGGAUCCGAGACAAGCUGGUUGCAGUGCAGCUACCUACUUAUGCACAGGUAGUAAAUAGGGCUCUUACCUUAGAAAGAGAAAAGAUGGACACUGCAAGGACUCAAGGCUACUACAUCAAUCAAGGGGAGGCCACUCAACGAAACAAAUGCGUACCAACUCAGGGAACGCGAGCUGCGCAAAAUUCCCAAUCCGGCAGAGGUCAACUGCCAGCUAAUCGGAAUGUGGGGCAAUCAAGGACUCAACAACCAGGAGAUGCCAAUGGAAAGAAACCUUGGGUGCCAAACCAGGGUGCCACCGGAAGAGUCUUUGCACUCCAAGAAGAAGAAGACGAUGGAAAUCCUUCAGUGAUUCAAGGUAUACUCAUCCUUAUGAACUCUUGUGUACAAGUCUUGUUUGAUUCUAGAGCAUCACCACACUUUUUCAUAUCUGCUUCAUGUGUUACAACUUUGGGAUUAAAGCCUGAACAAUUAGAAACACCUAUGAGUGUAGCUUCAUCGCUAGGAGGUCAAACUCGAGUAGAUCUCGUAUGCAAAUCAUGUGAACUAGGAGUCUCUAGCUUACGUUUAACUUGCAACCUACGAGUCAUGAAAAUGUCAGAUUUUGAUGUUAUCCUAGGAAUGAACUGGUUAUCAGCCCAUAGAGCCACCAUUGAUUGCUAUCGAAAGACGGUGGCUGCUUACUCCAAGGAUGGAACGCGAUUCCAAUUUAAGGAGGAUAAACAAGAUUCCCUAUCACUAACAUUUGGAAAGUCAAAGUGGCAUGAUCACCUAGCUGGGUGGCUAGCCAGCUUAGUUCUGGAAGACAAAGAUCGUAUGGAACUAGGGCUACCUCGUGUGAUGUACGAGUAUAUUGAUGUGUUUCCAGAGGAGUUACCAGGACUACCCCCAAAACGGGAAGCGGACUUUACCAGUGAACUACAACCUAAUACAUCACCGAUCUCAAUGGCACCACAUCGUAUGGCACCAGCUGAAUUGAGAAAGCUAAAGACACAGUUGCAAGAAUUCUUGGACAAGGAAUUUGUAAGGCCAAGCACGUCCCCGUGGGGAACACCAGCCUUAUUUGCUAAAAAGAAAGAUGAGACACUUAGGUUGUGCAUUGAUUACCGACAACUCAAUAGAGUCACCAUUAAGAAUCGGUAUCCACUACCUAGAAUUGAUGACCUUUUCGAUCAGCUUAGAGGGGCAAAGUAUUUCUCAAAGAUAUACCUCAGGUAUGGGUAUCACCAAUUGCGUGUUCGGGAAGAAGAUAUUCUUAAGACCGCGUUUCGAACCUGUCACGGCCACUAUGAAUUCAUAGUGAUGCCAUUCGGCCUAACCAAUGCACCGGGCGUGUUCAUGAGCUUAAUGAACAAAAUAUUCACGCCUUACUUAGAUCAAUUUGUGGAAGUUUUCAUAAAUGAUAUUUUGGUGUACUCCAAGUCCGAAGGAGACCAUGAACAACAUUUGAGAAUAGUACUUCAAACUUUGAGAAAGAACCAAUAG